AUGCGCGCGGUUGAUAUUCGCCAUCAUCAACAUCAUCUACCCGUGCAUUGGAUCAAACCGGGUCAGAUAUACAGCGGGAAUCUGGAACGGCGGUUGCACAGCGAGAUUCUCGAUUUUGUCGAGUUCAUGGAGGCCACAAAGGAGGAGCUCGCGUCACGCGCGAAAGUCGUCGAGCGAUUCCAAUCCGCGAUCCAGAAGGUCACGCCGAAGGCCACUUUGGGGGUUUUUGGCAGUUUCGCCACUGGCCUAGUCUUGGCUCAUAGCGACAUCGAUCUCGUGAUUCUUGACCAAAGCAAAUCGACCGUUUCUCAACCUCGGGCGCCCGCCACUGAGUUGAAAAAAUACAGAAACAAGAUUGCGGAGCAGUGCUCCGGAUUCUGCCCCAUCUUGAAGGCCAAAGUUCCCAUUUUCAAUUGCAGGGACUAUCUUACGGGCUUUAAAUUGGACAUCAGCUUCAAUCAGGCCAACGGCAUCGCGACGGUACCAGUGAUUCAAGGAUUGAUGACCGAGUUGCCAGCGCUUCGACCAUUAGUCAUGGUGCUAAAGCAGUUCUUGCAUUGCAGAGGUCUGGACGUGGGUGCAAACGGAUCCGUCGGGGGGUAUGGUCUGACAUGUUGGGUUGCCGGCUUCUUGCGCAUUCACCCUGAUGUCUUUGCAAGUCGGUACAAAGCGGUCCCAUUGGGUAUUCUGUUGACCGAUUUUCUGCUGCUGUUUGGGUUCAGCUUUGAUUAUUUGAAGCUUGGACUGGCGCCGGGUGACUCUGGAGGGUCCUGGAUCUUCUCGAAAAGAGAAGGGCUUGGGUUUGAGCAAGGACGACCGUCUGAGAAGCUCUACAUCCGAGAUCCUCAAAAUGAGCACUCGAACGUCACAGCUAGCUUAGCCAAGAUCGGCGUGGUAACGGAGCACCUAGCCGCUGCUUACGAUCAGCUG